AUGUCGGGCGCAAACACCAUCAAGGUCGUCGCCCGGUUUAGGCCCCAGAACAAGGUCGAGCUCGGCUCCGGCGGCCAGCCGAUCGUGUCCUUCGAUGGCGACGACACCUGUAGCCUCAACUCCGCCGAGGCAUCGGGCUCCUUCACCUUCGACCGCGUGUUUGGCAUGGACACCAAACAAGCAGACAUCUUUGACUACUCCAUCAGGUCGACCGUGGACGACAUCCUCAACGGUUACAAUGGAACCGUCUUCGCAUACGGCCAGACCGGUGCCGGAAAGUCGUAUACCAUGAUGGGAACGAGCAUAGAAGACGAUAUGGGCAAGGGUGUCACGCCGCGUAUUGUGGAGCAGAUCUUCAGCAGCAUCAUGUCGAGUCCCGCCAAUAUUGAGUACACCGUACGAGUCAGUUAUAUGGAAAUCUACAUGGAGCGCAUUCGCGAUCUGCUCCAGCCGCAGAACGACAACCUGCCCGUGCACGAGGAGAAGAAUAGGGGUGUCUACGUCAAGGGCCUCCUCGAGCUCUACGUCUCCAGUGUGCAGGAGGUCUUCGAGGUCAUGACCAGGGGAGGGAAUGCCCGUGCUGUGGCCGCCACCAACAUGAACCAGGAGUCGUCGCGCUCACACUCCAUCUUCGUCAUCACCAUCACACAGAAGAACGUCGAGACCGGCUCGGCCAAGAGCGGCCAGCUCUUCCUGGUCGAUUUGGCUGGUAGCGAGAAGGUGGGCAAGACCGGCGCCAGUGGCCAGACUUUGGAGGAGGCCAAGAAGAUCAACAAGAGUUUGAGUGCCCUGGGCAUGGUCAUCAACGCCCUGACCGAUGGGAAAUCCUCUCACAUUCCCUACCGAGAUUCCAAAUUGACCCGUAUCUUACAAGAGUCGCUCGGAGGUAACAGCAGGACCACGCUCAUCAUCAACUGCUCGCCCAGUAGUUACAACGAUGCUGAAACCCUGAGUACCCUCCGCUUUGGUAUGCGUGCCAAGUCGAUCAAGAACAAGGCCAAGGUCAACGCCGAACUCAGCCCGGCCGAGCUCAAGGCUAUGCUCAAGAAAUCGCAACUUUCCAUCGCGAACUACGAGAACUGGGUUGCCACUGCCGAUGGCGAGCUUCAGCUGUGGCGUGCUGGUGAGAGCGUGCCUAAGGAAAGGUGGACGCCGGCGCCCUCUGUCGACGGCUUGGCCUCUGCCAAGCCUGACACGAAGGCACCAGCACGACCUUCCACGCCAUCCAGACUCAUUCCCGAAAGCCGCGCUGAAACUCCCGCACUCACCGAACGUGCUGGCACUCCUAGUAUACCUCUGGAUAAGGACGAGAGGGAGGAGUUCCUCCGGAGGGAGAACGAGCUUCAGGAUCAGCUGGCCGAGAAGGAGUCCGCCGUCGCAGCCGCCGAGAAGAACUGGGCCGAGUCCAAGGAGGAGCUUGCGUUCAUCAAGGAGCACGACAGCAAAGUCGGAAAGGAGAAUGAAAAGCUCACAACCGAGGUCAAUGAGGCCAAGAUGCAGCUGGAGCGCCUGACGUUCGAGAGCAAGGAGGCUCAAAUUACCAUGGAUGCUCUCAAGGAGGCAAACUCCGAACUCACGACGGAACUGGACGAGGUGAAACAGCAAUUGCUAGACGUCAAGAUGAGCGCCAAGGAGACGAGCGCUGUUCUGGAUGAGAAGGAGAAGCGCAAGGCGGAGAAGAUGGCCAAGAUGAUGGCUGGUUUCGAUCUGGGCGGGGAUGUCUUUAGCGAGAACGAGCAGGCCAUCGCCCACGCUAUCCAGCAGGUCGAGGCGUUCCAUGAGCAAAGCUCGUCGGGCGACGUCAUCCUGCCGGACGACCUACAAGAUCUCAAGGCUAGGCUUCUGGAAACCCAAGGCAUCGUCCGCCAGGCCGAGCUUUCGCUGUACAGUGGUGUGUCAAGCGACUCGGAGGCCCGCCGCAGGGUAGAGCUUGAGCACCGUCUGGAAGCGCUGCAGCAGGAGUACGAGGAUCUGCUCACCCAGAAUCUCGCGGAGACCGAUGUCGAAGAAAUCAAGGGUCGUCUACGGGAUGCCUAUGCCAGCAAGCAGACUACACAGCUCCAGCUUGUAGAUGAGCUCAAGGCCGAUGUUGCCCAGAAGGCUGCAGAGAAUGCCCGGAUGAAAACGUUGAUUGAGGAUCUACAGAACCGCGUCAAGUCUGGUGCAGCAACCAACCCUGGUCUCGCCAACGGCAAGACGAUCCAGCAACAGAUCGCCGAGUUCGACGUUAUGAAGAAGAGCUUGAUGCGCGACUUGCAAAACAGGUGUGAGCGUGUGGUCGAACUCGAGAUCAGCCUCGACGAGACCCGCGAGCAGUACAACAAUGUCCUGCGAUCGUCCAACAACCGUGCUCAGCAGAAGAAGAUGGCCUUCCUCGAGCGCAACCUCGAGCAGUUGACGCAGGUCCAGCGCCAGCUGGUUGAGCAGAAUGGAUCCCUCAAGAAGGAGGUCGCCAUUGCAGAGCGGAAGCUGAUUGCAAGAAACGAGCGCAUCCAAAGCUUGGAGAGCUUGUUGCAAGACAGCCAAGAGAAGCUCACAGCCGCAAACCACAGAUUCGAGUCACAAUUGACUGCCGUCAAGGAGCGUCUCGAAGCCGCCAAGGCGGGAUCUACCCGCGGUCUGAACUCAUCGGCUGGAAACGGUGGCUUCAGCUUCGGUAGCCGUAUCGCAAAGCCUCUGCGUGGCGGCGGUGACGCUGCCCCCGCCCAGGUCCCCACCAUUGCGAACCUACAGAACGAAGGCAGCGCAGGUAAGAGAAGCAGCUGGUUCUUCAACAAGUCGUAG